GGGCGGCAUUCCCUCGUCGCCUUCCAGGUAGAGGACGCGAGAGACGCGAGAGAGGUAUUGAAAAGAGCGAGGCGUGCCAACGGAGGGGGAAGGAAGGGAGAGAGAGAGAGAGAGAGACCGGGGAGAAGGGUCUUCCGGCGCCAUCAAGUCCUUGGAGUAGCUCUUCCUUAUCGCGGUCGCCAUGGGAUCCAAUCCUCCACCACCAGGUAAUGCUCCACCAUCGAAACCAUGGGAGCGAGCUGGGACAUCAUCUGGUCCUGUACCAUUCAGACCCCAAUCUUCUGGCAGGACAAGUGAGGUUGUGGAAGCAUCUGGAACUGCAAAACCUGGGGAGGUUGUUACAGGUUCUGAAAGAAAUGCCACUGUUAAUAGAAAUACUCUUGGCAGGCCUUUACCUCCAAGGCCUUGGCAGCAGAACUAUGGAACCAGCCAUGGAGGUUAUGGCUCAAAUUUGAACUACAAUUCAGGGUAUGGGUCUGGUGUCUAUGGUUCAUAUGGUGGACUUGGUGGUUUGUACAGUGGUGGGUUUUAUGGUAAUAGCAUGUAUACAGGGAAUGGUGGGAUUUAUGGAGGUUCUGGGAUGUAUGGAGGUAGCAUGGACAAUGGAGGAUAUGGUGGUUCCUUAGGCGGUUAUGGGAUCGGCAUGGGUGGGCCUUUUGGCAACCAAGAUCCAGAUGAUCCAUAUGGCCCUCCAUCACCACCAGGCUUCUGGAUAUCCUUAAUUCGGGUGAUGCACGGUGUUGUGAACUUCUUUGGUCAUAUUUCAAUGCUCAUGGACCAGAACACACAUGCAUUUCACAUGCUCAUGACGGCUCUCCUGCAGCUAUUUGAUCGUUCUGGAGUAUUAUAUGGUGAACUUGCAAGAUUUGUGUUGAGGAUACUGGGGAUAAGAAUGAGACGCAGAAAACAGCAGCAACUGCGAUCUGGUGAAGGCCUUGGCAAUGAUGGGCAUGGACAAAGAUUCAUUGAAGGUCCAAAAGAUCCUUCUGGGUCAUGGGACUGUGUCUGGAGUGAUGAUGUCAAGGGAGCCCAUUAAAGAGACACAUGAAGUUGACAGAAGAUGCUUCCUUUGUCAAUCCUUUUGACGAUAUCAAGAAAAUGGCGAAGAGACAUACGUCAAACAGAACCAAAUGUAAGGUAUAUGCAAGAGUCUAGCUUCGAUCUAGGUCAGUAAGAGGAUGCUUGGAUAGUUAUUUGUGCUCUUUUCUCGACUCUUACGUGGGUCGUCGAAGACGGACAUUGUCCUUGUGACAAGUGAAAUGAAACAGUGGAUAGUGUUAUCACAGUGAUCAUUUUCUUGGGUGAAUUCUCGGAGAAGUUUUUAUAAAUUUUUGUAAAGUAUUUGAAUUUUUAAAUAUUUUU